ACAGACAUUAUCAGGAAGGGACAUAUUUGUAUUUCUUUUCAAUUACUUUACUACUCUUUUCCAGCCAAUCAUCAUGUGAUAAAUAAAGGACAAUGCCAACUCCAUCCAGAACCAUGUAUGAAGAUGCCCAGAAAUCUUCCACGACAUCUGAUUCUAAUGAAUUAUCAUUUGAUGUGCUCAUGACAACCUAUGGCAUAGCCUUGAUGGAUCAAGAUUUUCUUUCACAAAUCCCCUGGCACUAUGCAGUUAUCGAUGAGGCUCAACGUCUCAAGAAUCCAUCCAGUGUAUUGUAUAAUGUCCUUGAGCAACGUUUCAUCAUGCCAAGGUGUCUACUACUAACAGGAACUCCUACCCAGAACAACCUUUCUGAACUAUGGGCUUUGAUGCACUUUUGCUUGCCCUUAAUAUUUGGAAAGCUGGAUGAGUUUCUUUCUACUUUCAAUGAAGCGGGAGACUCGAUGACAGGCGCUGAAGCUAAUAAAGCAAACAGACAAUUCAAGAUCCUGAAACAUAUACUCAAAGCAUGUAUGCUCCGUCGAACAAAAGCUUUACUAAUUGAGAGUGGAAUUCUGGCUCUGCCUCCACUAACCGAGCUAACAGUGAUGGUGCCACUGACGCAGUUACAAAAGAAGCUUUACUUGUCGGUGUUGAGAAAAGAGCUGCAAACACUUCUUUCGUUUAUCGGAGGAUCAUCUUGCCAUCAGUCUUUGCAAAACAUUGUUAUACAAUUGCGGAAAGCUUGCAGUCACCCAUAUUUAUUCAGUGGCAUUGAACCUGAGCCUUAUGUGGAAGGGGAACAUUUAGUUGAGGCUAGUAGAAAGCUCAUUGUGCUCGAUCUUGUUCUUAAGAAGCUCCAUGACUUAGGCAAUCGUGUUCUGCUAUUUGCUCAGAUGACCCAAACACUGGACAUUCUUCAGGACUUCCCGGAACUGUGCAGUUAUACUUACGAGCGUCUGGAUGGUUCAGUGCGUGCUGAGGAACGGUUUGCAGCAAUUAGAAAUUUCAGCUCUCAAUCUACCAAAGGUCUUAUGAGAGAUGAUAAUCGAAGUAAAGCUUUUGUUUUCAUGAUAUCAACUAGAGCAGGGGGUGUGGGGCUUAAUCUCAUUGGUGCUGAUACUGUGAGUCUGAUUGAACUUGACAGCGUUGUUACUCUUCCGGUCUUACUUACUAAAUCUAAAGCCAACUGUAGCGGGAGCUUCGAAGCGCCUUUAUGGGUGGCACUGGCUAUUGUUCAGUCUUACAAUCCGAGACGUAAAGUUCCAAGAAGUGAAAUCUCCAUGCCUGAUUUGGAGCUGUGUUUAUCAAAAGCGGCCUUCUCAGCUGCUCUGCGUUCUGCGAGUAUCCACAUGCCCCGAAUUGGUUACCAAGGUGGUUCCCAACGAUCAGAAUGGUAUACCAUAGAACGCCUGCUCAGGAAACACUCAUCUCUCCAUGGAAUCAACAUUUUUGUGUAUUACUUUCAGCGUUCAUCGAGGCAACAGACAUAUUCUAACUAAUCCAUGCUGAUGCUUUUGUUCUAAGCAACACAAGCUAGGUGUAGGGAUGUUUCUGUAACCUACUAGAAUCAGAGGUUAUGCAGUUAGCAUGUAACUUUUUUUUUUUUUUUGCCCCUUUUCUGCAGCUUAGUUGAGUAUGAAUAGAUCAGUCAGAUGAAUUAGGUAUUAGGGUUUGGGUCUCUUUGGUAAGAGUAACAUGUACUAUGAAAGAUGGGGAACUUCAAGUUCUGC